AUGUUUCUUUCAUUCGACGCUCCUGUUGUAUACAUUCGCAAAUAUGGAAACCAAAGAAAAGAAAUUACAACAGUCCACACUCCGCGCCACAAUAACAAGUCUAGAGGCGCAGCAGACACAGCUCGAAGCCGAGCUCGCAUCUACAACUUCUCAAUUGAACGCCAUAUCCGUCUCUUGCAUGAGUAUAAUGAGAUCAAGGAUGUUGGGCAGGGACUAAUGGGAAUUAUCGCUGAUGCACGGGGUGUGCGGCAGGUUGAUGUGGAGAAGGAGUUUGGGGUUGGGGAGAAGGACUAG